AUGGCAAAUUUAAGGUUUCAUAUCAUCCUCUUCUUUUCAUGCACAAGCUUUCUCACUCUAAUUAGCUGCCAUUGCCUGCCUGAAAAUCAUGUUACCUUGUUCAUCUUCGGGGAUUCGAUAUUUGAUUCUGGGAAUAAUAACUACAUCAACACCACUGCCCAGGCAAAUUACCAGCCCUAUGGGGAAACCUAUAUCAAGUACCCCUCGGGAAGAUUUUCAGAUGGGCUUCUGAUUCCUGAUUUUAUUGCUGAGUAUGCAAAAGCACCAUAUGUUCUGCCUUAUUUACAACCUGGCAUUCAUGAUUUUACUUAUGGAGUGAAUUUUGCAUCAAGUGGAGCUGGUGCUCUGGUUGAAACUCAUCGAGAAUUGCUCCAUCCAAUUGAUCUCACGACUCAGCUAAUUUUUUUCGAGGAUGUAGAGAAACAGUUGAUGCAGAAACUAGGUGAUGCAGAAGCCAAAUCAUUGCUUUCGAAAGCUGUUUACUUAAUUAGCAUUGGAAGGAAUGAUUACUUAGUCCCUUUCUAUCCAAACGCUACUGUGUUUCAGACCUACUCUAAAGAAGAAUAUGUGGGGAUGGUGAUUGGUAAUCUGACAGUCACAAUCAAGGAAUUGUAUGAGAAAGGAGGAAGGAAAUUUGGGUUUGUAAAUGUGGAGCCACUAGGUUGUAUACCAUUCGUAAAAAUACUUGACCAAGGGAGCAAUGGCUCGUGCUUUGAGGAAGCAACAGCACUAGCUGAGCUACAUAACAGAGAACUUUCCUUAGCCCUCCAAGAGCUAGAGAGGCAACUAAAAGGAUUCAAAUAUACAAAUUUCAAUUUUUACAGUUCCCUCAGUGAAAGAAUAAACGAUCCUUCAAAAUAUGGUUUCAACGAGGUGAAGAUGGCAUGUUGCGGGAGUGGUCAGUACAGAGGAAUUUUGAGCUGUGGAGGAAGAGGGGGAGUCACAGACUAUGAAUUAUGUGAAAAUCCUAAUGAAUAUGUGUUCUUUGACGGUUACCAUCUCACUGGAAAGGCCAACCAGCAAUUAGCAGAGCUAAUGUGGAGUGCAACUGAUCCCAAUGUCACACGGCCUCACAAUCUUAGAACACUAAUCAACCUUUGAUUUAAUAAAUAUGAUGUCCUGAGGUUAUGAUAAUUUGUUUAUGGGAACUAUUUGCCCCUUGUUAUAAUGUUAUUGCAUGAGCAAAUGCAAUAAAUCUCUAGGAAAAGGGUAACCUGAAUUGCAUAUUUUAAGAUUGGUAGCAGUAUCAUUAUCAUAUUUUAUAUCAUUACAAUGACCUCAUAUUUGGUCAUGGGC